AAACCAACGCUGAUCGGAAUAUCAUAGUAGUCUGUGGAAUAUCAACAUUAUCAUCUGUGCUCUGCAGUUCUGUCAUUCUGUCUGUGAUGGUUCGAUUUGAUGCCGAGGAGUUAAAAAGAACAGGGUGUAUCAAUUUGGAUGUCCCCGACCGUUAUAAUCGACCAUCAGGCGUGAACGCAAUGUGUGAACGAUUGGGGCCGACGAGCCACAGGCGUCAGUGGGGGAGCCACUCAGGCCACGGGCGCGGCCACUGCGGCCAGCAGUAGCCGGGGACAUGUCGGACCGCAGCGGCGUUCGGUCCAGCGCGCGCCUGAGCGGCGAUGGCGCGGCGGCACCCGGCGCGAGGACAGCGCCAGCGCGCGGGCGCCCGGUCUCGGCGGCGCCGGCGGCCGCGCUGCGCCGGGCCCGCGCAGCCGAGCGCGCGGCCGAGGUGGAAGACAGCCCUCGGGUGCUGCGUGACAAGUGCCGGCGUCUGGCGCGCGCCUUGCGGAACGCUAAACAUCUCGUGGUGUACACGGGAGCCGGCAUCAGCACCGCGGCAGACAUCCCCGACUACCGCGGGCCGCACGGCGUGUGGACGCGGCUGCAGCGCGGCGAGACGGUGGGCCGCGUGGAGGUGUCGCGCGCGCAGCCCACCUUCACGCACAUGGCGCUCACGGCGCUGUGGGCGCGCGGCGCGCUCAAGUUCGUGGUGUCGCAGAACUGCGACGGCCUGCACCUGCGCGCCGGCCUGCCGCGCCGCGCUCUGGCCGAGCUGCACGGCGACAUGUUCGCCGAGCUGUGCGCGCCGUGCCGCCGCGUGUACCUGCGCGCCUUCGACACCACGGAGCGCACGGCGCGCCACGCGCACGGCACGCGCCGCCUGUGCCACGCCUGCGGCCAGGAGCUGCGCGACUCCAUCGUGCACUUCGGCGAGCGCGGCCGCGCCGCCUGGCCGCUCAACUGGGCCGGCGCGCUGCGCCACGCGGCGCGCGCCGACGUCGUGCUGUGCCUGGGCUCCAGCCUCAAGGUGCUGCGCCGCUACCCGCGCCUGUGGCGCAUGCAGGCGGCGCCGCGCGCGCGCCCCGCGCUCUACAUCGUCAACCUGCAGUGGACGCCCAAGGACUCGGUGGCGGCGCUCAAGAUCAACGCGCGCUGCGACGCCGUCAUGCAGCAGGUGGCGCGGCGCCUGCGCCUGCGCGUGCCGCGCUACCGCGCCGCGCUGGACCCCGUGCUGGCGCACGCCGAGCCGCUGGCCGAGCCCGAGCGCCACACCUCGCGCCGCCCGCCGCUGCAGCCGCGCGACGCGCCCGCCGCCGCCGACCACUGGGAGCCCUCCUCGCCCUCCGCCUCCGACUCGGACGAGGAGCUGCCGCUGCGCCACCUGGCGGCCCGGCUGCGCGCGCCGCCGCCGCCGCCCUCUGCUGGCCCCGCGCCCGACGCCACGUGCUCACCGAGCGAACCAGAUCAAUCUAAUGUGCCAGAAUCCCACAAUCGACUGCACGCAUUUCAGGUAAGCAUGCAAGCCGGCGAAGCCACGAUUCUUCUGCGUGCCGAAGACGCUGCGUCGCCCGAGCGGGCCGGCCGACCGCACUCGCCGCUCCGUUGCCGCACCACAGACCUGCGGAGAUUCCGAAUGGCGAGGCACCUCCCGGAAGUGCAGUUCGCGGUGAACGGUCACGGUCCCCCCGGCGUCGCCGCAGAUACAAGACCUGGCGCCGGCCCGGGAGCCAACGGGACCGCGGGCCUGGGCUCGCGACUGAGGCGGCUCCUCGAAUACGAACCUAGAAUCGAUCCUGCGGAGACGAGCAAAGAGCUUCCGGUAGACCUCCGACCGAAGGAGGAGGUCGACGAGAAGAGCCCGAAGGUCGAGGUGAAGACGGAGCCCAAGGACGAGCCCAAGGAGGAGGCCAGCACGUCGGACUCGAGCGGCGCCGGCGCGCUGGCGGCGGGCUCGCUGGCGGCCGCCAUCAUCCGCCGCGCCGUGCUGCUGUGCCGCGCGUCGCUGUACCCGGGGCUGCACACCAUCAUCGCGCCGGCCGCCGCGCCGCCGCCCGAGUGCGCGUGGUGCGCGCGGCACUUCGCGGCGCGGCGCUGCCUGUGGUACGGGCCGCCGCGCGAGCCGCCGCCCGCCGCCCGCGCCUGGCGCCGCGCGCGCGGCCGCCGCUACCUGUGCGCCUGCUGCGCCGAGCCGUCCGCCGCGCCGCCCGCGCCCCACGAGCCGAGCGACGACGGCGGCUGGUACGGCAAGGGCUACCGCAAGGGCCGGCGCCGGCGCCGGUAGCGCCCGCAGACCCCUACCGGGGGCACGUCGUCCUUAGCGAAUUCGGCUGACGAAUGAAUUUUGUAACGGUUUUUAUAAUUUGUUACCGAUACUAUGGAUCGAAUCGUGACUAAACAUUUCAUACUGACGCAUAAGGCGGCAACGUUGAUACAAUUAGUACACAUAAAUGGUUGUGAUCUAAGUGCUUAAAGUAAAUAAAAACGAAUGUGUGCCGUCGGUAUGCCGACGCCGACGGCGGCGGAGGCAGGCGUCGUGCGGGCUCCGCAUGCGGCGCCGCGUGCAGGCGCCCGACUUACAGUGGACGAGGAAACUCAUGCAUGUGCGUGCCAACAACAUUAUCUCAACUUGCAGUCACCGAAAUGUCUAAGGUUUUUUAAAUUGUUAAAUUGGAUGAAACUGAACUAAAUACUUACUAUAUCUGUUUCGUAAUGUAAUUUGACUUGAGUUAACUCAACAAAUGGAAAUCUUAAUGAAACUAUUUUGCAUUAAAACAAAACAGUUAAUAUUUGUGGAAAACCAUACAGCAUUUGAGCAAGGUUCUUGCUGGUGGUAGAAUGAAGACUACGAGUGGGUGACUAUCUGUCACUUGGUCUGCGAGUGAAAGGCGCAGGUAAUACAGAGAAGGCUUUUCUGUUAAUGAUUAGCAUGUCCAUGGCAAGAUUUAGCGAAUGCUUCUUCAACGAAUGCUGUGUGUUAUGGAAACAUAAAAAUAGUUGGUAUUACAGAAUAGCUACAUAACUCUCUAAUGGCGGGUUGAGUCAACUUCACACAUAGGCAUGUUCGACAAAAUAAUCGAAGUCAACGUAUGGUCAGACGGAGCGCAUUGCAGUUUCAAUAUUUGAUCAAAGAAUUAAUUUAUUGUACAACCCGUGCCGAUAAAGAAUGGGAUUAGAAAUCGCGACAGCUGUAUUUACCUCUCGCUCAUACACUGUAGCACAUGAGCGAGAGUUGAAUACAGCUGUCGCGAUUUCUAAUCCCAUUCUUUAUCGGCACGGGUUGUAGCGGGUAACACGCCGCAAGUUGUCACAUAAAAGAGAAAUGAUUUAAAGCAGGUUCCUCGAUGAUUGGUGGACUGUGCCCAAAUAUGUAAUUUUCAAAUAUUUUUAUUCAUUCAAACCAACAAUUUUAGGACAGAGUAGUAAACAUGUCAUUUUUUAUGAGUCAGAGCGUUUUAGGCUAUAUACAGAAGAAAAGCUGGUAGGCAGUACUGCUGGGGCCCGAUUCUCCUAAUUUUACUUAAGCAACAUACGAUUCACAUUCGACUGAGAUCCAAUCCCGACUCAAUCACGAUCGGCCCCAGAAUGCCACAUACGCUUCAAUCGUAAUCGAGUCGGGAUUGGAUUGCAGUCGAAUGUGAAUCGUAUGUUGCUUAAGUAAAAUUAGGAGAAUCGGGCCCCUGAUCCACCAUCUGAUCCGGCCAUUCUGGUAACAGUUACAUGUGCUUAACGUAGCUUCAAUGUGCUUGCUUAUGUAACUAUUACCAGAAUGCAUUGGAGCUUUCUUUCUGUCUACGGCCACACGCUUACUACCUUCAAAUUGUGUAUCUAGCAGCGCAAUUCUUAGUUUUUUUUACAAGUUUUUAUUUAACUUGCAAUGUAUGAAUUUUACAACUCAAUUUUAAGGCACUUGCCCUCAACCGAUUGAGCUGAUGCAUACAUGUUUAUUUUUUAACCUAACUUCUGAUUUCAACGCGCAGCACUAGACUAUCGGUCGCAUGACACAUUGUAAGUUACUAGUAAAUUUUGAUCAAAAUUUAUAAUACUGUGGCAAAACGCGAACAAAUAUUACUACUCAAGUUAACAACUGUUUACACAACGCAGCUAUAGCCUUACACUGACGAGAUGCCAAGCUGACGGAAGUCAUGUUUGAGUUAUGAAAUUAGAUUUGGAGAAGUUCUGUAGCUUAGUGUCUCGCCCGCUAGUAGGCUAUCGUUGAGCGUGUAUGCGCCAGUAGAUAAGUUUGCCGUCCCGACUCCCGCGGGGACUGCGUGCCGCUGCGGGCACUCGGUGCUGCCUGAUCAACGUGUCGUCGUUAGCAUUUUUCACAAUGUGUAACUUUAAGAUAUUAUUGUAAUAAAGUAAUUAGGUCUAGUUUAAUAGUGAAAUAUAAUUUGAUGAUGUCAGUAUCUACUGCGUGAAUGUCGAUGAAAUGUGAAAUUAAAAUAAUCAUUAUAAGCGAAUAAAUUUGAACAAUGUGCAUAAA